AUGGCGCGGACCCGGAAGACCUACGCGGAGAGGGCAUCCCGCCGCCUCCCGGGGCGCGCAGGCGCAGCACCCCUCGCCAGCGUGGUGGUGAAGGCCCUGUGCGCCGCGGUGCUGUUCCUCUACCUGCUGUCCUUCGCCGUGGACACGGGCUGCCUGGCGGUCACCCCGGGCUACCUCUUCCCGCCCAACUUCUGGAUCUGGACCCUGGCCACCCACGGGCUGAUGGAACAGCACGUGUGGGAUGUGGCCAUCAGCCUGGCCACGGUGGUGGUGGCUGGGCGCUUGCUCGAGCCCCUCUGGGGGGCCUUAGAGCUGCUCAUCUUCUUCUCCGUGGUGAACGUGUCCGUGGGGCUGCUGGGGGCCUUCGCCUACCUCCUCACCUACAUGGCUUCCUUCAACCUGGUGUACCUUUUCACCAUCCGCAUCCACGGCGCCCUGGGCUUCCUGGGCGGCGUCCUGGUGGCACUGAAGCAAACCAUGGGGGACUGUGUGGUCCUGCGGGUGCCCCAGGUGCGCAUCAGCGUGGUGCCCAUGCUGCUGCUGGCGCUGCUGCUGCUCCUGCGGCUGGCCACGCUGCUCCAGAGCCCCGCGCUGGCCUCCUAUGGCUUCGGGCUGCUCUCCAGCUGGGUGUACCUUCGCUUCUACCAGCGCCAUAGCCGAGGCCGAGGGGACAUGGCUGACCACUUUGCUUUCGCCACCUUCUUCCCGGAGAUCCUGCAGCCCGUGGUGGGGCUGUUGGCGAACUUGGUGCACAGCCUCCUGGUGAAGGUGAAGAUCUGCCAGAAGACAGUGAAGCGCUACGAUGUGGGGGCCCCGUCCUCCAUCACCAUCAGCCUCCCGGGCACAGACCCUCAGGAUGCGGAGCGGAGAAGGCAACUGGCCCUGAAGGCCCUCAACGAACGACUGAAGAGAGUGGAGGACCAGUCCAUCUGGCCGAGCAUGGAUGACGAUGAAGAGGAGGCUGGGGCCAAGGUGGACAGCCCUCUGCCCUCAGACAAGGUCCCCACCCUCCCAGGGAAGGGGGCUGCCCCAGAAUCCAGCCUGAUCACCUUUGAGGCAGCUCCCCCGAAGCUGUAACUCCAGACCACCUUGAGUGUAGCACCUCCUCUCCCACAUCCCCGACCCCUCCUCAGCUGCUCUGAGGAGAGGGAGGAUGGUCUCCGGGGGUCUCCACAGCCUUCUGCUAUUUCUCGCCAACACUACCCAGGACUCUUGCUACCUGGUUACAACUCCAGACAACCACUAAGUCAGGCAUCCGCCAGCCGAGGCUGUCUGAGGUAAGACUGCACCUCGGCGGGUCGCCCCAAGCAAGUGGCAGUAGGGACACUGGUGCCGCAGCUUCCGGGCCAACCCUCACACCUGAUACUGUGGCCGAGAGCCCUGAGCCAAGGCAAGGAUUUGCCAAAAACAUCCUGGGGGGUCCAGCCAGCGUAGGAGCCAGCACAGGGCUGUGCCUCCCUGCCCACCCCCAGAAGGACUGUAUUCACCUCGAGAUUUCCGGUUCCCUCUGCUGUGGCCACGGCUGCUGCUAGGCCAGAGCGGCCACAGCUCCCUGGCGUUUUCUACGGGGCCACUGAGCGGGCGGCUGGCCCAGCGCGCAGUGUCAAUAAAGCAGUUCUUUGAGGUAUGA